AUGGCUCCAAAAGCAGAGAAGGUCGCAUCCAAGGCUCCAGCUGAGAAGAAACCAGCAGGCAAGAAGACAGCAGCAGCAACUGAUAACAAGAAGAGAACCAAGGCAAGAAAGGAGACAUACUCCUCUUACAUCUACAAGGUCUUGAAGCAAACCCACCCAGAUACCGGUAUCUCCCAAAAGGCAAUGUCCAUUAUGAACUCCUUUGUCAACGAUAUCUUUGAAAGAAUUGCUUCUGAAGCUUCAAAGUUGGCUGCUUACAACAAAAAGUCUACCAUUUCUGCAAGAGAAAUCCAAACCGCUGUUAGAUUGAUCUUGCCAGGUGAAUUAUCCAAGCACGCUGUUUCCGAAGGUACCAGAGCUGUUACUAAGUACACUUCUGCUGCAACUGCUUAA